UUUUGCCUUUCCCCCCCUCCGUCCAAUCCUGUGAUAUUUUUUUGCUUUUGUUUUUUGUGUUAUUCUUUUUAAUCUUCUGGCAUUCAUUUGGGAAGCCCUGAGCGUUUGGUAGUCACUUCAGAAUAAAGACCCUUAGUGUAAGGAGCUAUAAAACUGUGCUCCAAGCGAUCUUCAGGAGCAGAAGGAUCUUGAGUGAGUGAUUUAAUGACAGCUCGUCAUCCACUCUUCAAAGUAGACAUUAUGGACGUGAAGAACACUUUUUCUCUAGUCAUUUCUUUGCUUAUCUUAGGAAUAGUUAGAAUAGCUGAUUCCCAGUCGGUGCCAGAAAGUUUGUUCACUCGAGGAUGCCGAGCGAACCGUGGACAGUUCCCACACGAAACCUUCUGUCAACAGUACUACAACUGCUGGGAUGGCCGAGCGACCAUCGAAGAGUGUCCCGGAAAGCUGCUCUUUAAUCCCGUAAUUUCAGCGUGCGAUUAUCCAGAGGCCGUGAACUGUGGGGCAAAAUUAAGGAACCCAGAACCUUCGGUUACAUCUGAUGGCCGCUGCUUGAAGCAAUUCGGCAUCUUUCCGGACCAGACAGACUGUAGAGCCUUUUAUGAAUGCGCUCAUGGUAGAGCCUUCCGCCAGGUGUGCCCUUACUAUACGGCGUUCGACGAUCGGUACCUGGUAUGUGUACACGCUUAUGAUGUCGAAUGUGGUGGCAGAGGAGGAGUAUAUGGCACUCUGGCACCUCCUAUAUUUGUACCUGAUGGCGGAACUUCGGCGCAGAUCGGGCUACCUCCUUCUGGUUCUGGGGGCUCAUCUUCGGGCUGGGACAGACGAUCUCCCAAUCAAGGAUCUGCUUCCGCUUCAGGAUCUGCUUCCGGUCCUCAGUCACCACCUCCCAUCAAAGGUACUCGAAGAGUUGGUCCAGUCAGUGGCCCAGUGAGAGGAGGAAUGGGAAGUGGCACUACAGGUCGAACUGUUGGAAGUGGAACUCGUACCGGAAGUGAAAGCGGAAGUCGUACCGUAGGCAGCAGUGGAAGUCAAGCUGGUGGUACAGCUGGAAGCGGUACUGGAGUAGGAAGUCGUCCAUCAAGUGGCACUGGAGCUGGAAGUCGAGGAGGAAGUGGAUCUACUUCUGCAGCAGGUGGUAGUGGGUCCAGUAGUAGCGGUGGACGAAGAGUUGGAAGUGGCUCCAGAAAUGGAUCAGAAGUUGAAACAGGGAGUCAUUCUUCAGGCUCCAGCGGAACUCAUGCUGGACUCACUGGCAUUGUAGACAAAGAUAUAUCCGCAACUGGUCAGGAGCGCCAGUACGAGAGACCCAUUUCUCCAGAAGCUACGUUUCGUUGCCCUCAUCCUCGGGGCCUCUACGCAUAUGCCUUAGAUUGCAGUCGUUUCUGGUUAUGCAGAGAAUACAAGCCAUCUCUACUAAAGUGCCCGACUGGACAGCUAUUCGACCUUGCAUCGCUAACUUGCACGAAACCAGAAAAAGCUCAGUGCUCCUCAAUUUCACCGAGAACGUGAAACCUUGAUUUAGACUAAUGAUUUCACCUGAUUGGCCAGUUUAAGAACAUGACCUCACACAUCACUGUGCAUGAAAAAGGAAUCCCCCAUGGAAUGUUUUGUGAAUACAAAUAGACUCUACUUCUUGAACUGAGGACUUGCGAACUAAAGAGUGAUUUCACAUAUAAGUUAUGCAUCGUUUUCAUCUUGUUAUAUAAAUGCACAAAAGAAAUUAUAUUCGAAUGCAUGGCACAUAUUCUUCCGCUGAGUAUACAGUUGCUCCUGCAGAUUACUUUCCAAGGUAACCUGGGAAGAAAAUUUAAUGUUCAAUAUUUUGUAAACGAAAUUUUUAUAAUUACAAAUCUUUUCACAGUUUUAGUAAUAUCUAUACAUCAUGAUUGUAUUUAAAUACUGUAAGCAAAAGCCCUUAUGUGCGCAUUUUGAUUGUCUGAAGCCGGAAAUCCUGUACGAGAACUCUUCUUGAAUGACUUCCAAAGAUUAAUUAUGAAUUAAUUAUUUGAAACUGGAAAAACGUCCCUGAUUUCUCUGCAUGAUUCAGCAAAUAUCUUCCUGAAUGAUUUCUAAGGACUUUAUGUAUUGUUUUGAAUUUAGUUAUGCAUUGCUUAAGUUGGAAAAUAACAUUAAUUCCUUCUCUGAAUUAUUUAAAAGUUAUUCAGUCUUAAAGUGAAGUCUUUGGAAGAAAGUGACAUUCAGAUGAAAUGUUUACAAGUGUUAAUGUAUGUAAAGAUAUUUAGAGAUUUUUGUUGCCUAAUCAUUUUUAUUUGUCGCAUAUCUUAAAGCUAAAACUGUAUUUAUUUCGCUGGUUAGCUUAAUUCUUUGCACUUGAGAGAAUCGCGCUACCGUGGAACUAUGAGUUAUUGUACAAGUAUGUGAAGUAAGACCCUCGUUGACGCUCUGGCGAAAUACUUAGACCCGUACGAUAGGGAUGUCCGACAGGAAGAUACAGAUCAAAAGUUUUCGAGAACCUUUGUUGCUAUGGUAAGCGUGAAGGCAAUGAUAAUACAAAUGCUUCAGUGGGAAAAAAAUUGAAGGUAAUAAAUGCUACGAAGUUUAUGAGUAAAAUUAAAAUAAGAUGCAUUCAAAAUUCUCCCUUAAAUAGCUUCCUUAACUUCCAGAAAUAUCAUGCUGAAGCAUCUUGAAGAUGCUAAUUUAGCAUACCAUUAAGCAUAAAUAGUACAAAAUCCUGCUUGGGUUAUCUUUAAGAUGUUGCGCACGAGAUAAGCAAACUCCCAGAGCUCCUUAGGACUUCUCGGGAUAUGCCCAUAAAUUCCUAAAUAAAUCUUCCCGAGUGUUUAAUUCCAGUGUCCUUUCCAUCACACAGUUUAUCCUCAAGGACAUCCCAGAUGAGAUCCUUGAACAGAGAUGGAAUGUUGAGAGUAUGUUAUGUCCUACUUACUCUGUUCUUGGAAUCUCCUAGAUUAUUCUCUUAACGCAUCCUCCUGAGGGCUUAAUAUCAAUAUGUGCCCAUGACAUCCUCGAGCAAAUUAGAAAAACCUAACUUGUUAAAAGACUGAUAAUAAACACUCUCAGAAUGUAACAACGGUACUUCACCGCAAAUUUUCAGGAUAUUAAAUGACAAAGUCCUCAAUACCAUCUGAGAAUUGGCAUCUUUAGGCCAUCUUCAAGUGUCCCAGGACGUAGCAACUAAAAUGAGAUGUCCUAAGGAUGUUAUAAUAUGAAGUCCUUAAAAAAACCCGAGAACAAGGAUCCAUCAAAGAUCAAGAUAUAGAUUUUCAGAAUGUCCUGGUAGAGUGAAGCUAAAGCAAAACAUCAUGAGAGUGUGUUGUGGGGAAAUUUCAUUAAAAAAAUAAUACUCACUUUUUGAUUUGUAAAUAUCAGUAAACGGAAUUAUCUGUAUUAAUAAAAGUAUAUCGAAAAUGAAAUAAAAAUUAUUGAUUUGAUAAAUACUAAUUCAAUCAAGUCUUAGUAUAAUUUUUUUAAUAAGUACUGAUAGUUGUGAAACAUUAUAAAAGCAAUUGAUACUGUUUCUUAAGUAUUUUUUGUCUUUGACUCCUCCACUUUCUUCGUAUUAUGCACAUUAAUUGCUAAUGAGUUAUAAAACUAUAGCUAAUUUACACUCUUUCGAGGAGAUUUUACUGUUCAUGAUCCCUAUAAUCAUGAAAGACACUGAAAGUAUUAUGAAUAUAAUAACAGUAUAGAUUUUAAGCAUCUAUAUUUUUAAGUUUCAUCGCAUGACUUUUUUAUUUCCUAGAGAAAUAUUUUGUAAGCCUUGGUACCUUGAUUAUUUCAAUUGAAAUACCGAGGCCCAUUUUCUUAAAAUGAAAUUACUCAUCAUUUUUAAAUAUAUAUACGAAAAGUCUUCUCAUAAAUAUAAUUUUAUUUAUAGUCUUUCAAAAUAUCGUACCAAUUUUCAGUCAAACAUUUCACCUCACUAAAUACUGGUUUUAAGGACUAUGCCUAUAAUAUGCCCAAGGACUAUGCUUUUCUGAAAUGUUUUGGAUAAAAUGGCAUCUUAAGUAUAGAGAUAAGAGGUAAAAGAGAUUAUCUUAUCUUGAACCAUAUCAGUGUUCUGACAAAUCUCUAAUCAAAGGAUUAGAGGUAAAUUAGCUCAGACAUUUUUGCUUUGGAAAGGACAUAAAGUGCUAGUAAACGCAUUUUUUUGAUAAAACUAGGGGUAGGAGUUUCAUGUUAUAUGAAGAUUUCACUUUUAUUAAUUAAAUGGCUAAACCGUUCUUGAAAUACGUACACGAUAUCAUCAUUUGUUUAAAUAUAACAAUCAAUAUAUGUCAUCAGUUAUCUUCUUUUUAUUCAUAAGUCCAUAUAUAUUGCUCGGUCAGCAUUAAAUUUUUAUUUGUGAUUUUUGCAUUGCUCUAUCGAUAUUCACUCAGAUUUAUAAAUUGAAAAAAUUAAGAAUUUUGCAGUACUAGUAAUAAUCAAUUCACGUUACCCUAGGAGAGAUUUUGAAGAAACAUUGUCAUAAUUAUUAUUGUGCAAAAUAAGGUAAGUUGCCCCCGCGUGAUUUGCCGUAAUCAACCAAAUCAAACUGUUACCAUUAAUAACACUACUAGCAUAAUUCAUAUCGGGUCACAAAAUACCUUCUCAUAAAUAAAGAACACGUUUUCAUAACUUGAUAUUUUUCAUUUUAUUCUGAGAAUUUCUGCGCUUUUUUAUUCUUAAAAUUAUUUCUGAAUAAUUUUCUAAACUUUAAUUUAAUAAUUUUUUGAUGAUUCAAGAAACUAUUUUCAUCAAUUAUCGAAAACGUAUAUGUAAUUAAUGUGUGAAAUUUUUAAAUGAAAAUUCUUACCUGGUUGCUCGUGGAAUUAGGCUUAACUUAAUAGGCCAUAUUAAAUUUCGGAGCAUACGUCAAAGUAAAUAACAUAAAAUUGGCCAUGGUCCUUCUAGUAUCACUGGACACUUGCACAAAUUCAUACCAAAUAUUCAUAUAAUUUGCAAAGCCGCUAUCAAACCAGACAAUAGUUUCCUUCAACAACUCGUCCCACAGUAUUUCGAAAACUCUUUGCUUCUAGGAAUUUUAUAUAAUUCAGUUUCGUAAUUUAGGUUCUUUUUCCAUUACGAUUGGCUGAUCUACACGAAACACAUUAUUGUGAAAUGUUGCGACUGAAAACCUAACUGUCAAAUUAGUUCUAUGAGAACGCGUUUCGAAGAAGAAUUUCUUACUGCAUGUCGCAUUUGUUAAUGAGAUUAAGCUUCAAGGAUCUCUAACAUUCGGUAACUUUUGAAAUAACAGAAAGAUAGAAGCAACCUCUUCUUAUUCUAGCUUAAAAUGUUCCUGUACAUGAAGAACUACGCUUAAUAGUUCCACCAAUCGAAAAGCAAAAGCAAAGAAUCACAAGAACACUAGCAUCCGAGUCAGUCAUACCACUGAGUUGGAUGUGAGCAUUAAAAGGGCGAGAUUGAUUGGAAUGGAAGCAUCAGUUUACACUGAAGUUGGUUGCCAAUCGAUCAAUCUUACCUAUCGGCAACUUAUGUCCAUGGAAGUUGUCAUAACAUUUUGUUGCUCCAAAAUUUCUCCUAAUAUUACAGAAACUCGAUCUAUUCAAAGAAAAUUAAAGGGGGAAAGAAUGGUGGUAAAAAUUUAUAUGAUUUAAAUAUGGACUGUGUAUCUUUUACCCACUGCUAUCGAAUGUACUUAAAUAUGACAUUGAGUAAAUCGAUUCCCAUCCUAAAGGAAAAUUUAAAUACUGCAAAUGUUUUCCCAUAAAUGAAUUUUGUGAAGGAUUAUGUAAAGCGGUUACAAGAUCUGUUGAGAAAUACAGCUGGUUGCGAAAGUCACCUGCGAAUAACAUACACUGUUAUAUAAACACAACUGUUAUAGAAAGUUAUAUUUUUGUUUGCUUUUAGAAUCAUAUUUUGGAUUUUAGGAGAAUAAAUUUAUCUUACUAGCAACUGUGCCAUGCAUUCGAGUAUAUUAAUGUAUUAUUACACUUGAAAAAAAUUAGGUGAUUCCUUUUGCUACCUCUUGAUCAGAUGUAUGUUUCUUCUAUAAAUGAAAGAACUGAUGAGCCAAAAAUGUGCUUCCAAUGGCAUGUUUUAAAUAUGUAAUAUAUUUUUGAAAACUGUAUAAAGAUAUUCUGUGUUUGCA